GCAGAUAUCUCCAGUGUGUGUUAAUGCUGAUCAGCUGCUGUCUGUGGAGAGCAGCAUCAACCAGCAGCUGCUACGACUCACUGAUGAUGGAGACGGAGACACGGAUGGAGCUGCAGUAGAGCUCCUGCGAGAAUGCUGCGACUGUUGUUAGACAAACCGAGCCGUGUUUAGUCCGUGUCAGCUGCACCUGCCGUGGAUGAUUUUCCCGAUGGGUUGUGGGGGGAGUCGGGCGGACGCGAUCAUCGAGCCGAGGUACCAUGAGAGCUGGACCAGAGAAACAGAAUCGACGUGGCUUACCAAUACGGACGUAGAGACCUCUCUACCAGUAGCAAACAGUAAAGCUCUGGAGGCCAGUCUGAGGGAGAAGAGGAUGGUGAACACAGGCACCCAGUGUGGGAAGCAGGCCCUGACAUCCACUGGCUCCAACCACCAGAGGAGACCCAGGCGCUCCUUGAGUGAUGUAGGUGACACUGGUAGCAGCAAACCACUCGUGACUCCAAAAGAAGGGCAUCAAAGGAGGCCGGUGCGUUGUCUAAGGAUGGGCAGCUUGUCAACAUCAACAGUAGUGGAGACGCUGAACCUGGGAACGUAUGUGGUGAAAGAUGAAGAAAAGCCAAGACUCUGUGAAGAAGAAGAGGGUCAGAGCUGUGUAAAAGUUCACCAGAAGAUGGGAUGGCGAAUUACAGAAGUGUGUGGAUGAUGUUUGCCAGGGACUUUGGUCGAUCUCAGUGAUUUACAACAUAAGCACCUGCAUAAUGUCUCCAUCCAAAGAUCUCGGGAUGCUGCAUCUUUGUUGUGCCAUUGCAAAUGCAUGCGUGAAGUGAAGCAGAGAGCGGAUCACAAACAGUGUUCACACUCUCCACCAUGCUUUUCUCCCAUGCUUAUGGCGCCGGACAGGGAAUGAGCCACUGUGCUAAGCAAAUUUUAAAUAAAAAAGACCGUCCCAUAUGCACAUGAUAAUCACAGUCUGCACAUCAAAUGUUUUCUGUGUGGGGCCUUCCUUAAGAAUUUGCUUCAGUUCUUUGUGCAAGUAUAUUCUUUUUGUUGUGAAUGAAAAAUGAUUAUGCUGUUUACCCUCAGUCAAUGCUGUAAAGGAUUUUCAUUUAAAAGACCCUGAAGUGCUGUUUAGAAACUGAUAUCUGGUUUGACACUUGAAGGCUGAAGACUGUCUUUUCCAGCCUUUGCAAGAUAAAAAAAAAAAACACACACGCAUGUGCCUACAACUCAUCUUGAUCUGAACUGCUCCUGUUUUCAUUUUGAGAGUUUCUUUUAUUCAGUAUUGUGUGUUCUCUCACAUUUUCUGUUAUGUUAUAUGAUGUCACACUUUAUUAUUUACCAUAUACAUGAGUAUUGUAAUGAUGAGUCAUUUGCGUGGCUUACACUGAUCUGCAUGUUUAAAUCAAUCUUAAAUUGAUUCAGCAUUGAUGGCAAAUGUCUCUACCCAAACAUUAUCAAAAGCAAGCUGUCUGAAAUAAAACUUUUUGCUUAUUUGGUACACGUGAAAAUAGAAAAAGAAGCACUAAGAAGUACACUCAGGAGGUGAUUCAGGAUGUGUCAUCAGGAAAAUGUUAUGGACAGUAGAUGGCGCCGUUGACCAGCUGAGGUCUCUUCUGAGUCUGACCUAACCGUUUCUGCUUGUGAUAACUGUCAAGAGUGUCAAGAGUUGUUGAUGAUUUUCUGAGAUGAUAAUGUUGAAAUGUGUAUAGGCCAACUUUUGUGAUGGAAAGCAACAUUUAAACAUAGGAUCUACCACUUUUUUCUUCUUUGAAUUAAAAUUAUUGUCAGCUUCUUAA